AUGACUCUUCUCUUGGAAAAACGCAAAUGUACAAUCAAGUUUGUGCUGAAUUUCUCGGAUCCUGUCGUGAUGGCUAAACUCCACCUCUGUGGCCUCCGCUGCAGAUUCCAGGUGAGAGCAGACUACCCUGUGGCCCUGGAAAGUCCCGUGUCGUCGUGGGCCCUGGUCAGUGUCGCAGAGUGGAGAGCUCACCGCAUAAUCCGCUGUCAGCGCUUCUGCAUCUGCAGGCUUCCUAACAUGUUGCAAGAGGAAGCUAACGGAAUAGUCAGGGUUACCUAUCUGGGUAAAGUCCCCACCACAGGCAUGCAGUUUUUGUCAGGCUGCACAGAAAAGCCAGUCAUUGAGCUCUGGAAGAAGCACACAUUAGCCCGAGAAGACAUCUUUCCAGCCAACGCGCUCUUGGAAAUCCGACCAUUUCAAGUGUGGCUCCAUCACCUCGACCACAAAGGUGAGGCUACCGUCCACAUGGAUACCUUCCAGGUGGCCCGCAUCGCCUACUGCACUGCCGACCACAACGUGAGCCCCAACAUCUUCGCCUGGGUUUACAGGGAGAUCAACGAUGACCUGUCCUACCAGAUGGACUGCCACGCUGUCGAGUGCGAGAGCAAGCUGGAAGCCAAGAAGCUGGCCCACGCCAUGAUGGAGGCCUUCAAGAAGACUUUCCACAGUAUGAAGAGCGAUGGCCGGAUCCACAGGGACAGCUCAUCCGAAGAGGUUUCCCAGGAAAUGGAAUCCGAUGACGGCUGAAUGAACUUAGGAUGCUUCAGCAAAGGCAGCAUUGGUCAAGGAAUUCCAGACGAUAGAUGAAUAAGCAACGAUUCAAAUUUGGGAUGAAAGACUGCCAAACUAUUGGCCAACCAAGCUUUUUAAAUUCAG